GUGAUGCCAGAUAUGAGACGCAAGCAUGGUUAAAGUUUGGUUUUGAUUACACGUGGUGAAAAAUCUAACCUGAUCCAAUCUAAGAAAACAGAAUGGAUCACAAAGAAAAGGAUAGUGAUGAAGAAAUACUGAGCGAUCAUGAGGUUGAAUUUCAAACAAUGAAUCAAGAAAAUAAAAGAAAAAAAGUAACAGAUGAGUUAAUUGAAGUGGCACCUAAAAAGAAGAAAAAAUUUGAAAAUAGUCUUUAUAAACAACCAACAGUAGAAGAACUCAAUCAACUUAGGGAAACUGAGAACUUAUUUCAUUCAAAUUUAUUUAGACUUCAAAUCGAAGAGGUUCUUAAUGAAGUCAAACUUAAAAAUAAGUAUAAAGCAUUAUUUGAAAUCUGGUUUGAGAAAUUGAAAGCAGCAAUUGAAUCUAUUGAAGAGACUGCAGAAGUACCGAUUGUAGAAUACAAUUUGGAGGAUAAAUCCAUAUGCAUUCCUGUGCCACAUGUGCCAGUGGAAACUAGUAAUAGUGUUUUUAAAUUUUUAAAACCGUCUAACAUUAGUAUCAUUGGAUCUUACAAUUCAGGAUGCAUUGUUGGACCUACUGUUACUGUGGAUGUAAUGGUGGAAAUGCCAGCUGGUUCAUUCCGGAAACAGGAUUAUCAAAAUUAUGUAUAUUUCAGAAAGAAAGCGAUGUAUCUGACAUUUGUAACAUUAGCUAUAGGAAGUGAUAUCGCAGAGAGCAAGAAGUUUAUCGGCGAUGAUCUAAGACCUUCCUUAAAGCUUCAACCUAGUGGAAAAUUGAAUAAGAAAGUGGAUGUAGUGAUACACAUAUCUGCACAGGAAAGCAGUUUUAAACUGAAUAGAUUUCUGCCUGAGAAAAAUAGCGUUAGACCAGGAUGGUAUUUUGAUAAGAAAUUUUCAGAUUCAUCUUUACCGCCCACACCAUACUAUAAUUCUCUAAUACUGCGCGACUUAGUAAUGUCAAAUAUAAAUUGCGAAGUUGCGCAAAUAAUUAGAGAAUAUCCAAAUUUGAGAGAUGGCAUAAUCUUAUUAAAGAUAUGGCUGCGCCAGCGUGACUUGAACAAGGGAUACGAUGGUUUUACCAAUCACAUUGUGGCUAUGUUUGUAAUCUAUUUACUGCGCAUAAAGAAGCUUAAUACUUUUAUGAGUAGUUAUCAGAUUGUGCGGAACGUUUGGAUUUGCUUAGCACAGGGAAAUUGGUGUGAGAAUGGGAUUACCUUGUGUGAGGACAAAGAUAGCCAGAAACAAGUUUCCCACUAUCACAAUUAUUACGAUUGUGUUUUUCUUGAUACUACUAGUUAUCACAAUUUUGCGGCGACUCUGUCGAAAAAUACUUUCUCAUGGGUACAGAGAGAAGCGGAGCUGUGCUUGAAGCAUUUGGAUAAUAUACACGUGGAUAGUUUUCAAGCGCUUUUUAUGCGAAAUGUACCAUUUUAUAGAGCGUUUGAUCAAAUUUUAUGCUUCUCAGAUAAAGCAGUUUUAGAGAAAAUGGUGAACGAUAAAUCUAGCAUUGAUAAUAAAAUUAAUUAUGGACCUGACAAACGCAGUCAGGCGAUUAAGAUAUUUGUGGAAGUUUUGGAAAAAGGCCUUGGACACAGAAUUAAUCGAUUAUGCGUGUUACCUAGUGACUCUAAAGAAUGGGACUGCACUAAUAAUGCACCAAAUGAUAUCGGGAAGCUCAUUAUUGGAUUGGAAUUGAAUCCUGAAACGUGUUUUAAUAUCGUAGACAAAGGACCUGAAGCUAAUUUACCAGAAGCAGCUGACUUCAGAAAAUUUUGGGGAGACAAGUCCGAAUUACGUAGAUUUCAAGACGGAUCCAUUCGCGAGGCUAUGGUUUGGUCAAAAGGCAAAUCUAUCGCGGAUAAAAGAAUAAUAUGCAAGAAGAUCAUAGAAUUUUUAUUAAAAACAAAGUUUAAUAUUAUCAGAAAUCAGUAUUUGUAUAUCGCGAAUCAAGUAGAAGAUCUGUUAAAGUUGCGUAAGUAUAAGAUAACGCACUUCGUGUAUGGCACUGGUGAAGAAGCUACGCUGAAAACUCUACAAGCUUUUAAUGUCUUAGAAAAGAAUUUGAUGUCGUUGAACGAUAUGCCUCUGACGAUAAAUGGCGUUCAAGGCUCAAGCGCGGUUUUUCGAUACACAGAAGUUUUUCCGCCGCUUGCUACCGUUCAUCGGAGUACUAAUAAACGGAUCACAAAGGAUGGCAAAAAUUGUUUGAUCCUUUCGGAGAACCUUGCAAAGUCCCCUGCUUAUGUUCACGCGCUUGAUGUAACAUUGCAGUUAUCAACUAGUGGAAAAUGGCCUGAGGAAUUGGAAGCUAUUCAGAAGACGAAAGCGGCGUUUCACAUACAAAUCGCGGAAUGCCUUAGGAAACAACAUCAAUUAAAAGCGCAAGCAAAUUUCUUACAUGUAGAUGUGUAUCAGGAUGGAUUUGUUUUCCGAUUAAAAGUGGCGCACCAAAAAGAAAUCGCUUUAAUGAAGCAAAUUAAUGAAGAGGGAGUAAUUAAAUACAGGGACAAUGAGGAAUCUGUCGAGCUGGAAAACAAAUUGUUUCAUUUACCAAAACUGAGCAGCGCUUUGCAUGGAUUGCAUUCUCAGCAACCAUCGUUUGGUCCUGCUUGCUGUUUGGCAAAACGAUGGUUAUCGGCACAGCUCUUAGACGAAAGUCACAUACCGGAAGUUGUAAUUGAAUUACUCAUGGCCUCAGUGUAUCUAAUGCCGGAACCAUAUAAACCAGCUCAGAUGCCGCAAGUAGCAUUUUUACGAUUUCUGGAAUUUGUUGCAAGAAGUCACUGGAACACUGAUCCUGUUAUCGUUAAUUUCAAUGGUGAAAUGACCAAUGAAGAAAUCUCUGCAGUAGAAACGUUAUUUGGUACAGCUCGCGAUUCGUUACCACCUUUAUUUUUAUCUACUCCUUACGAUCAGCAAAAGUCCUUGUGGACCAGGAAAGCACCGUCGCAAUUGAUCUUAAAUCGUAUAAGUGUACUCGCAAAGUUAUCGUUGAGACUAUUCGACGAUCUUGUUGUUCAAAAUACGGUGCUGGAUGUAAAAUCCAUGUUCCGUCCUGCACUGUCAGAAUACGACUGUUUGAUAUACUUAAAAUCCAAGAUGAACCCCAGAAGACUGCAAGCAGUUGAUGUACCUGAUAAAUGUGAAAUUGUAGAUCUACAUCCAUACAAAACACAUUCUCUUCAAAAAAUUCCGGUUGUGGACUUUGAUCCCGUACAAUGUUUCUUGAAAGACUUGAGAGACGGUUAUGGCGACCACGCUUUAUUUUUCCACGACACUUACGGCGGUGAAGUAAUCGGAGUUCUGUUAAAACCUACUGCUCUCGAGCACAAAGAUUUUAAAGUGUCAGAUGCUAAUUGCAGAAAACUCAAUGUCGACGGUAAACUCACCUUAAACGUGUUAGCGAUGAUCGAGGACUUUUCCAUUUUGGGUAAAGGUAUUGUACGCACGAUCCAAGUUUCGGAUAAACCAUUUCUUCAUUCUUGAUGACGUCAUAAUCAGUUAUGUAGAUACAUUUAAAAUUCGAAAUUUAUUUCGAAAUCCACAAAACGUCUAUAAUCUAUUGUAAAUAUGGAAAAUAAAUGUUUUGAUAAAUAUA